AUGGGGACCGCGAUCAGUGGAAUGGAAUCGCUCGCAAAAAUGCGUUCACUUGUUGUGGUCUUUGCUUUGGUGUUAUUCUGCACUCAGGCUUUUGCCAAAAGUGUGCCCCAAGUGGCAGUCUAUGAGGGCAACCAGUCUGCGGUGACCGUAUCGGUAGAAGAAAUUUCCCCGCCUGAUUUAAACGGCACGGGGGUGGGACCCAAUCUGUUUCCCACUUACAACCCCGGUCCACAAUUAACAUCAAACGAAACUGAAGAUGACGAGGAGCCUAUCCCAGUUAUUUCGAUACCCAAUGGAAACGAGACAUUAGUGUCACCCCCACCUGGCGAUUAUGGAAACGAUACAUUAAUACCAUUGCCUGGUGGAAACAAUGGCACUGAUGGUGGUCACUUGCCACCUUGGGGACCUCCACCCGGCAGGCCUUUCCCGCCAUUUCCUCGUCCUACGAAAGAUUUACCUUAUCUGGUUUCGGGAUACAUGAAGAUAAUCGGUUCGACUCUUACUAGCGUGGGUAGCGCAAUGAUUGAUGCCGGACGACGCAUACAUGAACUUCUGGCCAACUGGCGUGAGCGGUAG